ACACGGUUGGUGAUUUAUUUAGAAUACUUUGAUUUAUUUAACACUUUAUUGGUUACUACAUGAUUCCAUAUGUGUUAUUUCAUAGUUUUGAUGUCUUCACUAUUAUUCUACAAUGUAGAAAAUAGUAAAGAUAAAGAAAAACCCUUGAAAGAGUAGGUGUGUCCAAACUUUUGAAUGGCACUGUAUGUAACCAAAUAAGAACAUCAAUACAACACUAAAAUUCAAAUUGUGUGCUUCUGUGUGUGUUGUGUGGGGGAGAGAUACAAAGAGGGAGUUGGAGUUAAAAUUGAGAUUGUGUACAAUCCUAGAUCUAUGAUCCGGUGCAACUCUAGUUGCGGUAAAGGGGUUCAGAGGCAGUGAAACACAACGUGACAGUUUGGGCAGGAGACUCUCCAGGAGAUAGAAGUCAGCACUUCUCACCUUUAAUUAGGACAUACAAAUGAAAAAAUAGAGAGACAGAGACCAGGGCUGUUACUCUGUGGGUAAAAAGACAAGGGACAUAUCAAGCUGGUGUUGUGUGAGUAUAUACUUACCUCGCUAGAGGUAUUCAUUCAAACCCAGCGAGCUCUUGGAAGAAUGGAGCAAUCUAGGGGUUGAGAACAGCUGGCUUCCUCUGGGCAAACUUGUCAUGCACUUUGUCCCAUCUUCAGGGUUCAUCAAUAUAGUUGAAGAAAUCAAGUGAGGCAUUGAACAUAUAAAAAUAAGCCCGAUGCAUCUACUUCAAACCCUUGCUAACUAACAGUGUUGUGUUGGAGACCACCUAAAGUGAGACCAAUUCAAGACCAAGAACGGAGAUAAUCGAGUCUGAGUCAAGACCGAGACCGGAAGGGGACAAGGGGUCCGAGACCGAGUCAAGACCAAGAAUAGAAAAAUUGAUCAUCAACAAUGGAGCAGGUGUUGGUAAACACUCUGGAUGAGGUGACGAGUGACGAGAUGAAGAGAUUCCAGUGGCUCCUAAUCAAGCACAAGAGGUAUGGCAUUGAGCCCAUCAAAAGAAGCGAGUUGGAUCGCGACACAAGCAGGGAGAAUACCGUGGAGCUGAUGGUGAACAAAUACAGACUCAAUGGGGCUCUGGGUGUCACAAUUAAUAUCCUGAAGGGCAUGCACCAGAAUACACUUGCUGACGAGUUGAAGACAAAGGCAAACAUUCUCAAAGGAGCGGAAAACGGCACAACAAAGGUGAGCACUGCAAAGGUGAGCACUGCAAAGGUGAGCACUGCAAAGGAGAGCACUGCAAAGGAGAGCACUGCAAAGGAGAGCACUGCGGCAAAGAGCACUGCAAAGGAGAGCACUGCGGCAAAGAGCACUGCAAAGGAGAGCACUGCAAAGGAGAGCACUGCGGCAAAGAGCACUGCGGCAAAGAGCACUGCAAAGGAGUGCACUGCAAAGGAGAGCACUGCGGCAAAGAGCACUGCGGCAAAGAGCACUGCAAAGGAGAGCACUGCGGCAAAGAGCACUGCAAAGGAGAGCACUGCGGCAAAGAGCACUGCGGCAAAGAGCACUGCAAAGGAGAGCACUGCGGCAAAGAGCACUGUGGCAAAGAGCACUGUGGCAAAGAGCACUGCGGCAAAGAGCACUGCAAAGGAGAGCACUGCGGCAAAGAGCACUGCGGCAAAGAGCACUGCGGCAAAGAGCACUGCAAAAGAGAGCAAUGCAGCGAAGAGCACUGCAAAGGAGAGCACCGUGGCGAAGAACACUGCAAAGGAGAGCACUACUACUGCAAAGGUGACACCAGUGGUGAAGAGCGCUGCGAAGGAGAGCACUGCCAAAGGCACCUGCAAAAACUGAGCCAUUCUAGAUCAAGAAGAUGGGCCCAUAUGGUAUACUUUAUUUUAGUCCAUUUACUUGUCAAAGACCUACAAUUAAGGAGGAUUGUAAUCUAUUUUCUUAAGCUUUUCUCUGAACAUUUGAAAUUUUACAACCUGACAAUUAAAUGAAAAAUAUAUUUUCAAGAAUUGUAAUGUUUACAUUUUUCUCAUGCUCUUCAGAACAUAAAAUACGCAAGAAAAUACUAACGUGUCAGCAGAGCUCGACAAACAGGGCUGCCCGCUGGAAACCCUCCAGGCCAGUCGAUCAUCCCCGUCAGUGGCCCGCUUGGGCCAGUGAAAAGAAAUAUUGUAAUAAUGCUAUUUUUAAUCUAGGUUAUGUAAUUGUUUUGUUUUUUUAAAACAGAUGGAUUCCCAAAACUGUUUGUUCGUUACGUAGAUUAUUUAUCACAUGCACGCUGCACACAUAUAGCAUAUAAUAUGUCGGGCAGAGAAAGCACACAGCUCUCAAACUUCUACACCCAAGUCAUAGACUGUUUUCUCUGCUACCGCACGCACGGCAAGCAGUACCGGAGCACCAAGUCUAGGACCAAAAGGCUCCUUAACAGCCCCAAGCCAUAAGACUGCUGAACAGUUAAUAAAAUGGCUACCCGGACUAUUUGCAUUGGCCAGCUUAUUUUUGCACUAACAUUCUUGCGGUGCUCUAUACACACUCACUGGACUCUACCCACACACUCACUGGACUCUACUCACACACUCACUACACUGAUACUCCAACUCACACUUUCACACUCUCUACAUACACUGCUGCUACUCUGUUUAUCUACCCUGACUGCCUAGUUACUUUUACC